AUGAGUAUCAUCAAAUUAUCCAUUCUUCUGCUUUCCUUAUCGGCUUUGAGCAUCGCUUCCUCGCCGCCGCCAUCACCCUCUGCUCUUUCUUCUCCUGAUGAAGCAUCAUCUUCACAACCAAACUAUACAAAGAAAGAAGCAACAAAGGUCCUUCGUAAUUCUGUGAAAAAGUGGAAUCGAAAUGAUGUAAAGUGGGAUGACCUCAUGCAUCGUAAAGAUGGUAAUCUUAAUGUCAAAUUAGCUGAUCAAUUGGAAGAUAAUAUCAAAAAGCAAAAGGAUAAAAUUUCUCAUGUUAUGCAAAACCGCCAAACUGAUCAUACUUCAGCGAGCAAAAACCAAGAAAGAAGAUUCAAGAAUGCUGAAAUUAAAGCAGAAAAGAAAAUGGAUCAAUUUACUAACGAUCAAAUUCGUCGUACACUUGUUCGUCAUGCAAAGACAGGAGAAAGCAGCUUUAAUGGUUGA